AAACAUCCAAAUACUACAAUGUAGUUUAUAUUAAAAUCAUAAUACAUGUGUAGGUCUACUAGUCAAUGGCUUAAUCUUAUCAACAACAGACAAGGACUUUAAUAAACGUUUAUAAGGACACGACAUACAUUUGACUAUAGAAUAAACAGCAUGGAGAACCAAAAAGAAACCAAAAAUAGUGCAAAAUGCAUGGAAAAAUAUAUCGGCAUUAAAUUAUUUGUCGCUGCUUUAUCUAUUUAUGCUCUCGGCACAGGAACAUUCAGUUCCUAUUAUUCUUCAAUAUUAACAACAUUGGAGAAAAGAUUUGGAUUUUCCAGUUCGACGACUGGGUUUCUGAUGACUGUCGAUAACUAUAUUUACUUUCCUGGAAUCAUUUUCAGUCAUUUUGCAAGACGGAGUCACACUCCUCGUAUAUUUUUCGGGUCUUCAAUAGCAGUAGCCAUUUCUAUGUUACUGUGGGCGACUCCCUUUUUCAUAUAUGGAAGCAAAGGAGGGUUUAACCCAGAAUUCUCCGCGAAAAAUACCACACAGGAUAACUCAAGUGAAUCAACUCUAUUCUGCAGGAUGGGACCAGCUGGAAAUACAACACAUAUGAACUGUGAUAGUGAGGAUAUGAAAAAUGAACAUGAAAACAAAAUAGCUUAUAGUCUGUUUGUUGUGGCUCAAUUAUUUUACGGAGUGGGUACAUGUUCUUUCUGGACCCUGGGGACAACUUACAUAGACGAUAAUGCUAGCAGAAAGGAUCUUUCCUUUUUCCUAGGUGUUCUGUUUACCCUAAAGGUGAUAGGUCCAGUUGUAGGUUAUUACAUGGGGGCAGCAGUGCUCCUCCUUCCCGAGGACCUCACAUCUAAUGGAAUAGGCCCGGAGGAGGCUGGGUAUAUAGGGGCCUGGUGGCUAGGGUUCCCUAUCAUGGCAUUAGUGAUGAUAUUGGGGGCAAUUCCUAUGCUCAUGAUACCAAGGAAAAUGGAAGUAGAGAAAAGUUAUAAAGACGUUGAUGACGAUAAUGAUGAUGCGGAUGAUGAAAAUGGUCUCUCUUUAAGAAAUGCUGUAACUGAUAUAAAAGAUCUUCCAAAGUCACUCCUGCGGAUUCUACUGAACCCGGUCUUCAUGGGACUAACCUGUUCCAUAUGCUUUUUUGUGUUUUGGAUCUCUGGUUACUCUGCCUUUCAACCCAAGUACAUUCAAGAACACUUCAAUGUGUCAGCCACAACAGCUAAUGUGUUAACAGGUUCAAUGGGUGCCCUGGCAGGUGCUGUUGGAUCAUUCAUCAGUGGGGUGGGCGCAUCACGCUUCAAGGCCACGAAGACUCGCGUCAUGCGCAUCAUUGUGUAUAAUAUGGUUAUAGUGCUUAUUGCCUCUGCCUCAUCGUUGGCAUUUAUAUGUCCACAGACAGAAAUCGUGGGAUUGAAUGAGAGAGGUAAUGGAACUUGUAGUGAGGACUGUAACUGUGAUGACAGUGCGUACAGUCCUGUAUGUGGAGAUGAUAAUCUUAACUACAUGUCUGCCUGUCACGCUGGUUGUACAGCACUUAAUAAUGGCACCUAUGACAACUGCCAAUGCACAGGAGGAGGGACUGUAACAUUUGGAUUAUGUUCUGCAUUCUGUAACAUGGCUAUACCUUAUGCUAUCAUGGCUUUUAUUGCUUCUUUCUUCCAUACUUUACAAGAAGUGCCCUUGUACCGAAUACAGCUCAGAUGUGUUGCAAAGGAUGACAGGGCCUUGUCUAUAGGAAUCAUGAAUUUUAUCAUCUUUCUUACGGCUCUACCCUCACCAGUGGUAUUUGGCGUAGUGGUUGACAGUGCAUGUCUACUACAGAUGUCAUCAUGCUCUUCAACGGACAGUGCAUGCUGGGUCUAUGCCACUGACCCAAUGCGAUUUAAGCUGCACAUUUUAAUGGUUGCCUUUCUGAUCCUCGAGAUAAUAUCGUUUAUAUUUAUGUGGUAUAAAUGUAAGAGUGCUGAUUUCCUAUACGAUGACCCUGAGCCAGAGAGUGAAACAAAAACAAAAGGUGAUCUAGAAACUGCUCAACCACUUAUGACUAUCAAAGAUCAGAAAGGAGAUCUAGAAACAGUCUUACCUAAAAAGAACCAAAGCACUUUGUGAAACACAUGUAGGCCUACAUGUACUUGAAAUUUACAUAACAGGGUUUGCCCUGAAAUUAGGAAACCCACGAAACGUUAUGACUACACCACCUGGAGGCCGUUUCUCGAAACUUAUCGUUGUUAACGAAUCGUUAAUAGUGAAUCGUGGAUUCCUUUCUAUGAACACCGCAUCAUUAAU